AUGGCUUACCGUUCAAACGACUUCGAAGACCGCUUCUAUGAGCCCCGCCGCGAGAGGGCAGAGAGCCGGGUCGCAUUUAAUGACGUUGACGUUCGCGAUAGGCCUCGCGAGCGCGAAGGUGACCGCCUCCGCUUCUUGCGCGAUGAGCGCCCUCCUGAGGCUGGUGCCAUGGUCUUGAGCCGCCGAGAGGUUGAGUCGCGAGAACUUUCGAGACCUCGUCAUCGCUCUCCGAGUCCCGUCUACCGGGAGCGUGUCAUUCGUAGGGCUCGCAGCCUGACGCCCCCGCACGUUCACGACCAGGAAAUGGAACGUUCGAGGGUGCGUAUCUCAGAGCGUGAGCAGAUUCGCAGUCCCUCCCGCGGACCACCUCCUCCCGAAAUCCGCCCUGAGAUUCGGGCUCGCUACGUUGAGCGGCAACGCUCGCCCUCUCCGCCUCCGGCAAGAGAACGCAGCCGUGUCGGUGUGCGCAUCGUGGAGCGUGAGAGGGAAAGGGAGCGUGUUCCUUCACCUUCCCCCUCUCCUCCUCCCACUCCUGCCCCUCCUCAAACCAUUCGUGGGCCCACGAUUGAGAGAGAGGUCAUCACUCACUACCGUGACAUCGACCAUGGCGUAACCCGUAUCCCCAGCCCUCCUCCUCCGCCUCGCCCCGCACCCCGACCAAUGACCAGGACUGAAGACCGGGAACUGGAUAUCGACAUCACGACGUCCCGCAACAGGACCGACAUCGACAUUCACCGAUCCUCAAGUCGUCACCGCUCCCCCAGCCGCGAGCGUAGAUCUCCCGCCUUCAAGGACAGCAGGGAGCUCGUCGUUGGCACCGACCGCCUCCGCAUCGAUGACCGUCAAUACCACUCCUCGCGUCGCCGUGCUCAUUCCGCUGCAGCCCGCACUCCCGUCGAAGAGGAGGCGGAGUACAUCACCUCCAAGAUCGAUUCAAGGGGCAAGAUGGGCGAAGCUUGGGGUGGCGCCACCAAGGAUUGGAGCAUCGUGGAUGUUCCUCCCGGAACUGAGCGCGUCAGGAUGGACGGCGUUGGAGGUGGCUCUGCCGAAGUCACUUGGCAACGCUACAACGGCGUCAGACGGUCCAAGUUCAUUCCCGAACGGGAAGGAGCUCCGAUUUCUGCACCUUCUCCUGCGCCUGCCUUGCCCUCACCGCGGGAAUCUCGUGAUCGUCUUAGUGUUCAGGUCUACGACCGCGAGACCGAGAUUGAUAUUGAGAAGACAAAGGACCGCCGCUCACGCCCGCAGAAGCGCAAUGAGAUGUGGACGGAGAUCACCAAGGAUCUCGUCAUCCGUGACGCCAUUAUCGAGUUGGGUUAUGAUUUCGAGGAGACCGAAUACUUCUUCUACAUCAUGCAAUAUCUGAAAUACGAUGAUGUGCUGGAGCUGGUCCAGGUAUCAGACGAGAUUCGCCGCUUCCGCAAGAACCGUGUUCGUGAGAUCGAGCACGAGAAGGAGUGGCGCGACGACUGGGAUCGCCGUCACGGACACCACCACCACCACCGCAUCCCCAGCAAGUACGAUGAUGAGCGAAUCUACGAGCGUGAGGUCGUUUACGACAGCCAACGCCCCCGCCGGUACUAG